AUGGGAUCAUCUUCUUCACAUUCCCAACACAAUGUAGAACAUCAUGAUUCAUCUGUGGCAUCUUCUUCCUUGUCCCACAAACCAGCUGAAGAUUGUACAGCUUUCUCUGGAAUCGAACCUCCCCAUGAGAGGAGGAAUGUUUCCGAAUCUUCAAGACUAGAUGAUGUUUUCAUCAACCAUAGAGGCCCUGAUGUGAAAAACACUCUAGCUCUUCAGCUUUAUAACUCCCUUCAGAAUCUAAAAAUACGGGCGUUUCUUGAUUCCGAAGAGAAAGAACUUGGAGAUCCAUUUCCAUCCACCAUUGAGAGAGCCAUCAACUCUGCUGCAGUUCACAUAGCUAUCUUCUCCAAAGGCUAUGCAGAGUCCCCAUGGUGUUUGGCGGAGCUGGCUCUUAUGUUGCGGAAAAAAGGAGUGUACGCCAAUGCAUUCAAUCAAUACCGCCAGAAACCCAGGCACCGAGAUAAACUUGAUGAAUGGAAAAAAGCACUCCAAUCUAUUUUUGUUAUUGCGGGCGAAGAGCUCAACUGUUACGGUGACUGCAAGAACAAAGUGUCGGUAGUGCGAAAGGAAGUAGAAAAGAAGAGGCCAUUUAUAGUUGCCAAAUAUCCAGUAGGACUUCAUAAGCUUGUAGAAUAUUUUGAAAAGCAGUGCAAUAUGAACAAACAAGGAGAAGGGAAGUCUAAGAUUGUUGGUAUUUCUGGCAUGGGUGGAGUGGGAAAAACCACUCUCUCCAAGGAUUUGUUCAACAGAAAGCGUUCAGAUUAUAGUCGCUCCUGUUUUCUGUUUGAUGUUCGGCAAGCAUCUGUGGAAAGGAAACUGCCUUCUUUGCAAAUGAAGCUCCUCACAGACCUCUUUGACGAAAAUGAUCAUCUAAGCUUUUUAAGCGUAGAGGAAGACACAAGUAUUCUCAGCGAUCGUAUCGGACUGAGCGACAUUUUGAGCUUCCUAAUUGUUCUAGACGAUAUUGAUAACCUGGAACACUUAAAUGCCUUCUUGGUCACCGAUAUACUGAAUAAAUCUGGCAAUACUCUGGUAAUUGUUACAACUCGUAAUGUACAAGUGCUCAGAAACACAGGAAUUAUGGUUUAUUAUAAUUUGAAAGUAAUGGAUACAGAUGACGCCAAAGAGCUAUUUUGCUGGCAUGCUUUUCAUCAAUCUUAUCCGUCAAGUGAAAAAGAGGAGCUAGUUGACCGCUUCGUAGACCUGUGUGGCGGCUUACUGCUGUCUCUUCAGGUUCUGGGCAGUCAUGUUUAUGGCAAAGAUCAGAAGUUUUCGGAGUUAGAAUUGGAAAAAGUAAAAGAGACGGUGCCUCAAGGCAUACACAAGAGAUUAAAAAUAAGCAUUGACUCGUUGGACAAUGAAGAAAAACAAAUUUUCAUGGAUGUGGCAUGUUUUUUCAUAGGAGAACUGAAGGAAGACGCCAUCAGAGUGUGUAGACGAUUCGAGAGUCACCUCGAAAAUUUCUUUGAAGAUUCCGAGGAUCUGUUUGAAGAUUUCAGAGAAGAAAUUUCUGUGUUGAGAAUGCAUGACCAGCUGCAGGACUUGGGAAGAGAAAUAGCAAAAGAUGAGCAUCCCGUCGCCUGUGGAGUUCUCAACACCUCGAAUCUUUGGCAUCUGAAAAGAGUGAUAGGAAUAACUGAUCUUCAGAACAGAAUGGAAUUGGAAAUUAUUAAAUGUUGGGAAAGUAUUGUUCGACACCUGCUUGAGAAGACUAGAUAUUUUAAUUUUCCGAAUCUGCAGAGUUUGACAGUAUCUCAUCUUCAAAAGCUGGUAGAAUUGAACAUUAGUGGGUGUACAGAAAUUGAGGAGUUAAGUCUUGUUCAACUGAGCUGCCUAGAAAAAAUUAGAAUCUCUGGUUGUCCAAAUCUAAAGAGUGUGAGUGUAGCAGGAAUGGCUGAUCUUAGAAAGCUAGUAGAAUUGCAAAUUGAAGAAUGUCCAAAGCUUGAAGAAAUAAGUUUCGUUCAAUUGACCUGCCUGCAAAAAAUAAGAAUCUCUGGUUGUCCAGAUUUGAAGAGUGUGACAGGGAUGUUCGAUCUUAAAAAGUUAGUAGAAUUUUAA